AAGAAAAUCCUUACGGAAUACACGGUUGUCUUUCCUUUGUACGCUUUUCAGUGUUGUGAAACCACGAAACGGUGGGCAGCGGCAUUACAUUGCGAUUUUGUCGUAUUUUCCUCUUCUUUAAUAAAUUUUUGGUUCCAGCAGAAAUAUGAGUAUUCUGACUUACAAUGGCUCUGCCAUUCUGGCAAUGAAAGGAAAGGAGUGUGUUGCUAUCGCUGCUGACCGUCGUCUAGGAAUACAAAGUUCUCUCACAGUGAGCACCAAAUUUCAGAAAAUAUUCAAAAUGGGGCCACGUUUGUUCAUCGGUUUACCUGGUCUUGCGACAGAUGUGCAGACAGUGAGCCAGAGGUUAAAGUUCCGACUGAAUUUGUAUGAAUUAAGAGAAAACCGGAAAAUAAAGCCUAAAACUUUUAUGUCAAUGGUGUCUAAUUUACUUUAUGAAAGAAGGUUUGGUCCAUACUUUGUUGAACCUGUCAUUGCUGGAUUGGAUCCUACCACAUUCGAACCUUUCAUUGCCUCUAUGGAUUUGAUUGGUUGCCCCAUGGUCCCUGGUGAUUUUGUUGUGAGUGGAACUUGUUCAGAACAAAUGUAUGGUAUGUGUGAGUCAUUAUGGCAACCAGAUCUGGAACCAGAUGACUUGUUUGAAACUGUCUCUCAAGCUAUCUUGAAUGCAGUUGAUAGAGAUGCAUUGUCAGGAUGGGGUAUUAUAGUAUACCUAAUAGAGAAAGACAAAGUGACAGAAAGAAUCCUGAGAGCUAGAAUGGAUUAGACUUGACACUCAUUAGCUAUUGUAUUUUGUUUUUCAUCUUUUUUUUUUAAUUUUUUGCAUUUUCCAAGUCAAAAUCUUUCCAAAUAAAUUUGAACAGUCAUUA